AUGACAGACCCACAGGCAGUCCGCCGGUAUGAUGCCGACUUCAAAUCCACUCCAGGCAUGCUGUCCAUCACGGCCAGCCAUAUAGCCUGGAACCCGUCCACUGCGAACGCCAUGGACCGGCAACAGCAGAAUAUGAAUCGGGUGACCAAUAUGCUUGCGUCCAAAGCGGGAAAGCCAAAAAUCUCACUCAAGCUCGUAUUCAAAGACGACGUCCCCGCUGGCGGACUGCUGUUCACCUUUACCGCAGCGAGCAAGGAAGAGGACCGGAAGGCAGUACAGGAUAUCCUCAUCCCGUUCGUCUCCGCCAACAAGGGCAUACCGGUCGGUGCGGCACCUACACCUGUGGCUGGUCCGUCUGGCCCGACCACAGCGACAGCAGCGCUAGUAUCAGGCGCAGCCGGGAGCUCGGGCGCUCCUUCCCCCGGUACACCCGUCGGAACGCCCAGCGCAGUGUCAAAGGGGAAGCGCAAGGCGGAAGAUACGCUCAUGACGCCCGCAAAGAAGGCGGAGACCAAGCUCAAGAUGAGGGUGCUCAACAAGAACUCCAACCUGAAGGCGUUGCACCGGGAAUUGGUCAUGGGUGGGCAGAUCAGCGAGAAGGAGUUUUGGGAGGGAAGAGAGGCCCUGAUACAAGCGGAAGGACUCGCUCAGUCGCUCAAACCCGGUCGGCCGUCGCGGCUGCUGGAUGACCGAUUCGACCUCGAUGCAUCGCGCAACAAGUCGUCGGGGAGCGGAACGGGAGUAGGGGUCAAGCAAAAUAAGGAGACGGGACCGAUGAUUCUCAAUAUCACCAAGGAUCUGACGAGGGAGAUCUUUGAGGAGUUUCCGGUGGUGCAGGAUGCGUAUGCGCGAUACGUGCCGGGGAUUAGCGAGGCCGAGUUCUGGACGAGAUACUUUACGUCCAGGCUAUGGGAACAACAUCGGGCGAGUGUGCGGAAAUCGACCAACGAGGAGGUCAACAAGAAGAAUGACGACAUCUUUGACCGGUACCUGGAAGAGCCAGAUUGGAACCAAGCACCACGGCGAGAUGCCGCUGCGCCAGUCGUCCGAUUCUUGGAUCUCGCAGCGACCGAGGAGGAUCACGGUGAUUCAGAUACAGUCCGAGAUCAUACGAUGCAAGCGGGCCGCGAACGGAGCUCUCUGCCGCUGAUCCGGCGAUUCAAUGAGCACUCGAAUAAGCUGCUACGGCGGGGCAACGAUGGUCGCGCACAGAACGGAGGUGCCGACGGCGACGAAGCGGACGAACUCGACAUCUAUGGCGAAAUCGACCUGGAAGACCUACACGGCCCCGCGGCACCGCAGACGAUCGCCCUGGAUGUCCAAGGUGGGGACAUGGUCGCUGAGCGUCGGGAGGGCGCCGUAGCAAAGGGAAUCAUGCCUGGCAGGCGGAACCUGGAACUGGUCGACAUAGCUUCAGACCAGGCACUACACAUACGGCUCUGGAACGCAGAUCUUUCCGGGGUAUCACUCCCCAACCCUAUAUCUCCCCAAGACAGGGAGAUGGGAUUGAGUUCAGAGCAGCAAGAGGCGGAGAAGCGGUUCGCGGCCCAGCGGGAUGGGGUACAAGGGGCGAUGAUGGCUGUCAAGGGGUUACAUCGGGCCAGUAAUGCCGAGACUGCGAUCAAGGACCCCCUACCGCAGAAUAUCCUAGACGCGAUGAGAUCCUGCCAUAACGCCGCAACAGAGUUCCUGCGCCAAUACUGGUCCGCCGUCCUCCCUACACCUUCGGCUGCACUGGGCGCGGGCACGGCAGCGACGAGCGACGCAACCAAGGCUGCCAAGGCGGACAAGAUGGCGGGAUACCUGAGGCUGACGGAGGGGAAGGUCGAGGCGGUGGUGCAGACUGCGCAGGUGGCGGGGGUGGACGUGGGGCGGGUCAAGGCUGCUCUGGCGCCGACGAUGGGGGCUGUGAAUGUUGCGCUGGAGAGGGAGAGUCGGCGGACGGGGACUGUUAUCUGA